GAUUUAGGGGCUUGAAGGUCGAAGGUUCGAGUCCUGCUCCCAUCCUGUUUCAUUACAAUAUAAAUACUGUGAUGAUCAAUGCAUGGUCCGUUUCCCAUGAGUUUUUCAAGGAAAUGAGAAGCAUAAGAAGCAAAAUUCGGGUUUCCAUCAAAAAUAAUGCAGCUGUGAAGCAGGGAAAAGUAACAAAGUAUUUCGGGGUCACAGAUCUUCUUCUUCUAUGGUAUAAUGGCGUUCUCAACAAUUGGAUGUGCAUUCCGCCACCUACUGUGGGGUGGAUAAUCAGGAUCCUAAAAAGGAAAUAAUAUCCACCUCAAGCCUACCAUGUCUGAACCGGGUUCUGGUUGUGGUGUUCCAGCCCAGAGAAGCUCACAGCUGGGUCCAGAGGUGCUGUCGGUGAUGCUGGAUAACUGCAGUCAAACAGUGGAACUCAAUGUGAUUGUCAAGGAGGAGGGUGAGGAGAGAGAAAUCAAUGAGCGGGAGGAGGAAGGGAGAGAGGAGGACAGGAACUCUGUUGACUCAGGAGAGGGCCCCAACCCAGACCCAGACAACGAGCCCAGUUCCACAGCAUCAAGACUACCUGGGCGUGGGAGUUACCCAUGCCCUCAAUGUGAGAAGAGUUUCAGUUCCUCAACUAACCUAAAGAAUCAUCAAAGAGUACACACUGGAGAGAAACCUUUCGACUGCUCAACAUGUGGGAAGAGUUUCAGUGAGAAAGUAAACCUUAAGAGACAUGAGAGAGUACAUAGUGGAGAAAAGCCUUACCACUGCACCACAUGUGGGAAGAACUUCAAUCAUUCAGGAAGCCUUAAGCAACAUCUGCGAAUACAUACAGGGGAGAAACCUUACCACUGCUCUCUUUGCGGGAAGAGUUUCAGUCGGGCAGGAGACCUGAAGACUCACCAGAGAUCCCACAGUGAAGAGAAGCCUUACCACUGCUCUCUUUGUGGGAAGAGUUUCAAUCAGCCAGGAAACCUAAAAAGUCAUCAGCGAAUACACAUUGGAGAGAAGCCUGCCUGUGCUUUAAAUUUGAUUAUCAAAGAGGAGGAGGAUGAGAAGGAAAUCGAUGAGAAGGAAAAGAGAGAAGUUAAGGAAGAAAAUAGUUGUGUAAUUGACCUAGGUACAUCAAGACUUCCUGGUCGUGGGAGUUACCCCUGUCCUCAAUGUGGUAAGCGUUUCAGUUCUUCAGGUAAUCUAAAAAAUCAUGAGAGAGUACAUACUGGAGAGAAACCUUUCCACUGUGCCACAUGUGGGAAGAAUUUCAGUGAAAAAGUCAACCUCACGAGACACGAGAGGGUACACAGUGGAGAGAAGCCUUACCACUGCACCCAAUGUGGGAAGAGCUUCAAUCAUUCUGGAAGCCUUAAGGAACAUCAAAGAGUACAUACAGGGGAGAAGCCUUACCACUGCUCUCUGUGUUGGAAGAGUUUCAGUCAGCCAGGAAACCUUAAGAAACACCAGAGAAUACAUACAGGGGAGAAGCCUUACCACUGCUCUCUGUGCGGAAAGAAUUUUCGUUUUGCAGGAGACCUAAAGAAUCAUCAGAGAUCACACAGUGGAGAGAAGCCUUACCAAUGCUCUCUGUGUGGGAAGGGAUUCACUCAGCUAAGAAUUCUUAAAAGUCAUCAGAGGAUACAUAUUGGAGAGACGCCUGUCUGUGCGUUCAAUGUAUUUCUCCAGGAGGAGGGUGAGAGGGAAAUCAAUGUGGAGGAAAAGAGAUAUGUUGAGGAAGAGGAGGACAAUAGUGGUGUAGUUCACCCAGAUAUAUCAAGACUACUUGGUCAUGGUCGUUACCCAUGCCCUCAAUGUGAGAAGAGUUUCCGUUCCUCAAGUAAUCUAAAAAAUCAUCAAAGAGUACACACAGGAGAGAAACCUUUCCACUGCUCCCAAUGUGGGAGGGGUUUCAGUGAGAAAGUAAACCUUAAGAGACAUGAAAGAGUGCAUAGUGGAGAGAAGCCUUACCACUGCACCACAUGUGGGAAGAGUUUCAAUCAUUCAGGAAGCCUUAAAGAACAUCAGAGGAUUCAUACAGGUGAGAAACCUUACCACUGCUCACUGUGCGGAAAUCAUUUUCGUUUUGCUGGAGACCUAAAGAAUCAUCAGAGAUCACACAGUGGAGAGAAGCCUUACCACUGCACUCAGUGUGGAGAGAGAUUCACUCAGCUAAGAAGUCUAAAAAGGCAUGAGCGAAUAUCCAUUGGAGCGAAGCCUGCCUGUGCUUUCAAUGUGAUUGUCCAAGAGGAGGAGGAGGAGGGAGGAGAGAGAGAAGAUGAGGGAGAGGAGAGUAACUUGAAAUAAAGGUGAAGGGAGGAUACUUAAGCUAACUCAAUAACUAUUGAAAUUCACACCUUUCCUUGCAAUGGCAUCUUCUGUGACAACAUGGUCAUGGACAGCACCAUUUAGGGCUAUCUUCAUCUUCUUAUACUUACUUCUUAGUGUAUUGGAAGUUCACAAAUGAACUCAACUUGAAUACCACCACCACCUAAUGUGCUAGAGAGUGUAUUCCCUCCAAUUUUCACCUAAAAUGACCAAAAUCUAACUGCCUGUAGCUCAGGACCUGAAGCAAGGAUAUGCAUAUUCUCUAUACUCCCAGGAAUGAUGGAUCAUUAACUUAUACAUGAACUUUCACACAUCUAGAUGGCCGGGCAGGUUGGGUGUGGAGCCAGAAACAGCAGGGGUUCAAACUGGAGAAUCCAGUUCCUAUAUUUAAAUAGAACAAUAACAAUUUAAUGUAUCAAAUAAAACUA